GCGCCGGCCGAGGAGUGUCCCGAGGAGGCGUCUCAACCUCCACCACAACAAUCCUCUGUCAAUUAACUUCACUCCUUGUUUUUCUACUGUUUUUUAUAUCAUUGUGUAGAGAAAAAGAGAAGCUGAAUGUCAAUAGUAUGCUCCAUCUGUAUAUAGCGUGCAUUCUCGUGAUAACUAGUGAGUGAGUUAUACUUCUUGGACGCGCAGACGACAGCCCACGGUGUAUCAUGGUUUUAAUUGACAAGUCAAUUGUAUUAAUACCGAGAUAAUGCGAAAAGUUCAUGUGUCGGGGGAAUGACGUUCAUCGAUUCACUCGUAGAACGUUGUUAUUCUCAAACGUACGACGGCCGCUCGCUACAAUGGGUGGAAAUCACUCGAGGAGCUUUCCGACUCCUGGGGAAGAUGUGAAUUUUGAUCACUUCCAAAUUCUCCGAGCAAUCGGCAAAGGGAGUUUUGGUAAAGUCUGCAUCGUCGAAAAGCGAGGAAAACCAGGGCAAAUGUAUGCGAUGAAAUACGUCCGUAAAACUGAAUGCGUCGAGAGAGGAGCACUCCGGAAUGUUCUUCGCGAGGUUGAGAUUCUCUCUAAAUUAGAACACCCCUUCCUCGCGAAUCUCUGGUUUAGCUUUCAAGAUGAGGAAGACUUGUUCAUGGUGUCAGAUCUACUGCUGGGGGGCGACCUGAGGUUCCACAUUCAAAAGAAAGUUCAUUUCACAGAGUCGAGUGUCGUUCUCUUUAUCGCUGAGAUUGGCCUGGCACUGGACUAUCUCAGGAGUAAGAAAAUCGUUCACAGGGACUUGAAACCGGAUAACAUACUGUUGGACGAAGAAGGGCAUGCACACGUUACGGAUUUUAACGUGGCAACUACUCUGGAAGAAAAUCAAUUGGCGACAUCGGUGUCAGGAACGAGGCCCUACAUUGCUCCAGAAAUCUUCAUGUGCACCUGCGAUUCCUCUGGGAUUCAGGGGUACAACUACUCGGUAGAUUGGUGGAGUCUGGGUGUCCUUGCGUGGGAAACUCUCGAAGGAGUCAGACCAUUUCACGUCCUCGCACAUGCAACACAUUCAGAGGCUCUCCGCAUCAUGCAGGAUGGCAGACCAAUACCCCCCUUAGAGUGGAGCAAACCAACGGUGAGCCUUCUAGAGUCUCUCCUGACAUUUGAUCCGAAGAAUCGUCUGACCACACUGGAGGACCUCCAGAAGACCGACGCCAUGCUUGCCUUCGAUUUCGACCAAAUUCUCAAGAAGCAAGUGAAACCCAUGUUCACCCCAUCGAAAGAUCAUCUGAAUUGUGAUCCAACAUUCGAACUCGAGGAGAUGAUCAUCGAGACCAGACCCCUUCACAAGAAGAAGAAGAGACUGGCCAAGCAGAGGUCACUGAGGUGUCAGGAGAUCACUGAACAGACUGAGUCGAGUUUGGCGAAUGGAAUUGAUACAAUUAAACUUGCCUUUAUACCUGAAUAUCUAGUUUAUAAUAGGGAACGUGAAAUGGAGCGAAGGGAGAGGGAGGCCAAGGAGGCAGAGUGGGAAGAGGAGCUCAGACGAGCUAUGGCGCAUGCUGAAACCAAACUCAGGGAGACUGAUGUCGACAAACUCCGCAAAAAUCGCCUGAGUUUUCGCUCGCGUUUCGAACAUGUAUCUUCGCGGAAAAAUAAACAACCUGAACAGGCACAUUCACUGGAUAUUGACUACAUUGAUGUCACCCCUGAAUCGUCUACCUCUUAAAACCAAAAUCGUAGCUGUGAAUGUAUUUUUGAUCUCUAAGAACCAAAAAAAAAAACUUGUAAAUACUCUAUUUAAUAACGAUGAUUUUGUAGUGGAGGCACAUUUUUAAAUUGAGAGAAUUAUUCAAAUGCGAAUGACUGUUCGUAAAUUUAAUAAAAUUGUUUUUGAUAAUGAAACAAGAAAAUUAAGUGGAGGCAACUGUUGAAUGAAAGUAUAAAUGCUUUAUUGCAUUGAAACAUAGAAAAGAGGAACAAAAUAAUGGAAGGAUGGAGUAUAUGCGUUUUGUUAUCACACCGAGUGAUUGCGUUAACUUUAUAUCUUAAAUAUAAACUGUAAUUAUUGUAUGGUAACACAGAAUUACUAUGUGUCACUCAUAAUUGUGAUAAAAAUCAUUACAAUUUUUAAAACUAAACGAAAAAAAACUAACGCAUGAUAUAAUGUAUAUGUUAAUAUCACAAAAUACGGGUACUCGUCAUUAUCAAAAUUCAAUUCGCGAAUUAAUGAAGAACGACCAACGACAGAUGUUGGAAUAAACCCGCAGUUACAAUACAUAAAUUAUAUUUUCUACACUCAGUUUAUAUAAUCCUUUGAGAAUUUUAAUUUUUUAAGAGAGCAAUAUUUGUGUGAAAAUAUUUUUAUUCCUCAAAAAAUAGAUUUCACAAUAUUUUAAACUCUUUCUGUUAUUAAUCUGAUUAAUUGAGCAUUAUAGCACGCUACGCAUCAUCUUUUCUACUCUGAUUGUGAAAAUUAGAAACGAAAAAAAAGUAGAUAAACGUUUUUAGACGUUAUAACAUAAGCACCAUUGAAAAAAAAAAAAUGUUAUCCGAAACUUUUGGCAUAUUUUAAAGAGCUCAAUCUCAAAAUGAUCACUCUGGGAAGACCCUAGUUAUUGAUAAGUUAAGCAUGAAUUUUCAGUCAUUUUAUACGACUCUAGCAUCCACAAGAAGCAAACUUACGCCUGUAACACAUGUGGAAUACGUGUUGAAUAAACCAAAAAGUUAUUUUAAAAAGAAGAAGAAAAUGUUAGAUUGACAAUUAAACGGCAGUAACAUCAGUUAUUUCAAUCCUAGUAAUUGGUUUGGCAGGUUCAACGAUGAUAUAUUCACCAUCUACGUCCUUCGAUACCUCACCAAUACGCAAUUGUUGUAGAUUAGCAACAAUCGAGUCAACCUGGACAGGUUCAUUUGGCACUGAAUUCUUAUUUCUUAAUUUACCAAAGUGAAGAUAACAAAAUCCACGCUGUCCACGCCACGUUAUGUCUGUUGGCCUAACUCCACGCUCUGUCAGGGCAUUUUUUAAAUCACGAACUCUCACAUCUGAUCCAAUAUUUGACAGUUUCAAGGAAAAAUCAAUGACAGACCUUGACCUGUAUUUCAUUUGUUUACGACGCUGUGAUUUCUCUGGUUUCUCAUUGUUCUGGAGGAAAAUUAACACUUUGUU